AUGACUGUUUUUGGGAUUUGUAUAGAUCAGAAGUCAGGCUGGCGACUCGUUCACGACUUUCAACAACCGUUCGAGCGUUCAUCUUCGUCGAAGUGGCCAUUUUUGGUCUUUCCUACGCCAGUUUUGUUGCUCUUCGUCGCAGCGAAAGCAAUCGAAGAAAAGUCUACGUCAACUUUCCAAAGCUAUCGUCACUUUACUACUCUUGUGAAGACAUCAUCUCUUUUGGAGGAUUAUCAGGCACACGCCUACGAAUACAAGAUAUUAAUCGUUGGGCCCAAC